ACCGCUGUAUGGAAGGACAGUCCCAGAACUGUCAUAAUAGUCUAUUUCUGACAGUUCUGGGACAUUCACUCCAUACAGCUGUUUCAACCGUUGUAUGGAGGGAAUGUCAUAGAACUGUCAGAAAUAGACUAUUAAUGACAGUUCUGGGACUGUCCUUCCAUACAAUGUUUCAACCGCUUGCUGUAUGGAAGGACAGUCCCCAGAACUGUCAUUAAUAGUCUAUUUCUGACAGUUCCAUGACAUUCCCUCCAUACAGCGGUUGAAACAGCUGUAUGGAGUGAAUGUCCCAGAACUGUCAGAAAUUAGACUAUUUCUGACAGUUCUGGGACAUUCACUCCAUACAGCUGUUUC